UUAUAGAUAAAUCAUUAUAUAAUAUGUAACAGUGUGGUCGUCAUCAAAGUAAACAAUUAUCUUUAUGAUGCUCCUCUUGCAUAUGUUUGCAUCACUCGCUUCUGAAACCCAAUCCUAGGAAUGUUGUCAUAGGCACAUACAUCAACAUAAGACACAAAGAAGUUCUCAGUUCGUCCGUGCGUUCUUCAUGAAUCUACCGCGAAGAAACAAACUCGCGAUCUGGACCGUGGGAUCGUUCGAUCAUACGGCCCACACCAAUCCAAUGAGUCAGCUCGGCGUUAAUUGAGCUCGGGUUGACUCGCGAUUCGACUCGGUACAAUCGGUCCGAGUCGACUCGAUGAGCUUAUUAAAGACACAAAAAAGAAAAGAUAAAAAAAAAAAUUCAUCAGGAGAAGCGGCGUGCACGGGAAGCCAGGCGACGUGCGAGCCCUAACAUUUCCUCUGCUGCGGCUGCCGACAUCGCCGGCCGAACCUCCUCCUCCUGGCCGCAAGCCACAACCCACCGCCUCUCACUGCCGUUGUCGCCUCCUCUCGCAGGCACAUUGAAGUCUUCCAGUAUUUUCUCGUCAGCCUUAUAAGAGGACGAACAUUCUUAGGCAACGGAAGGAGGACCAGGAUCAUCCUCCAGUCCUCCAAUCAUGCAAGAUGUCCACUCUGACUCGUUAGUGUCAGGGAACUCUGGUGGUGAUGGCUCACCAUUAGUGGCACGUUUAAGGAAACUUCUCUUUCGUCGGAUGCUUGUGGGGGUCAGUGAUGGACGGUUCUUUUUGGGUGUAUUUCAUUGUAUUGACAAACAAGGCAACAUCAUCCUUCAGGAUGCAGUGGAGUAUCGUAGCGUUCGCCAGUCUUCUUCAUCACCAAUGGAACAGCGAUGUCUUGGGCUUAUCCUGAUUCCUGCCAGGUGCCGAUCUUCUUGCCAUGUAGAAUGCUCCAUAGAUGAGCAGAUGUCGCUCCUAUCACUUAAUAAAUGAAGGACAGGGUUGUGUGCUACUAAAAGAAAAUAAAAGAUUUUGUUAUCUGCUUGGUGGCUGGUGUCCUCCAAACAAAUGCUUUCGUUACUUCUGCUGCCUGUGAAGCUCCUGGUCUGGAUUAAGGCACGCCAUCAUCUCACAAACCACGCCGAGAACUUUCUUUGGUGACUGUUUCAUUCUGAAAUGCAUUGCUUUUUGUCAAGUCUCUAAUUGUAUGUGAAUAGUUGAUCUUUGUUCUGCUCAAUCUGUCAUUCCUGUGGUAUCUCUUCAGCUCUUCGAACUGCCCUUGAACUUGUAUAUGUUCUUGUUUUUGUUCAUCGGAGUCUUACUAUUUAUUCACGAGACCGCAAUGCAGUUCUUGUUUCAAUCA